GCCUUGGGCAGCGCGAUAAAAAUUUGUUGAACCAACGAACAAAGACGUAAACAAAUGAAGGUCAUAGAGGCUUGCCCAAGGUCAAGAUGAGAAAUAGCCAGGAACUCUGGUUUUCAGCUCAGAUCACCAGCCUUCUCAGCAGGGAGCUUGUCCGGGAUGUCCUGCAUCACGGGGACCAAGCAACUUCCCAGCCCAUCACGUCCAAUUUCUCAGCCCUCGCAUUUCCUAUGAUUACGUUUAUUCAGCAGGACAGUGCUCCGCAGUCCACCAUGCCCAAAGCGUUCCUGCUGCUGUCUGCAGCCCUGGUGCUCCUCGGGCCUGUGCACGGAGCCACACUGAGAAACCAAGACACAUGGAAGCCACUCAGCAACCCCAGAAACCGAGACCUGUUUUUCAGAGCCCUUCAGGCGUAUUUAAAGGGAAGAGGUCUUGACCUUGAAAGAUUUCCAAAUACUUUCUCCACGAACGAGACCCCCGGACCCCUCUCUGUGCAGUCAGAGCUCAUCGCCUCUGCCUUUGCCGAGUUCGAAGAGCGGAGAAACCCCUUUCCCCGCAGCCUCGCAGGCUGAUGGCUUCUCCUGAGAACAGGUAUCUGGCUAUUUUUAAACCACAGAUGAAGCCGCUCAUCAGAAAAAGUCAAUCAUGGUCAUUGUUAAACUCCCCCUCCCCCCGACUUUUGUCAGUUUGUAAUGGUUUUAUUCCGUAUUUCCAGAUUUACAUAUAAACAGCUUGACCUUUGGGGCCUAUGUGACUUAUGUGCAUACUCUGCUGUUUUUUUCCACUUUAUAACCAUACAUGUCAAUGUAGAGCAUCGCAUAUAAUUGCAAGUUAUCAAAA